GCUCCCGGGGCUCGCGGGGCGGGGCUGCCGCGGGCAGCUGCGGGCUACUGUUUGCCGGAACCUCCCGGCGCGCCCCCGCGAGGCCCCUCCCGCCUAGCGCGCGACCCCGCCGCUUCGAAUGUUGUGAAUCAAAUGUGGGGUUUGUUACAUUCCGCUGGCGCUGCGGACAGUUCUUAAAGGGACAGCCGCGGGCAGCUGCGCAAACCUUGUCGCGUCCUGCGCCGCCUCCUGCUCCCGAGGGCCUGGGCCGAGAGAGGCUGACCGCGCGUGGGCCUCGCGAGGCAGACGCCGCGGACGGACAAAGAGCGGGCCCCGGCAGGAGACGGACUCCCCCUGGACUGGGGGGUGGGAAGGGGAGCACACUGUUCCGCAGGGCGGGGACUCUUAAAGUGUCCAGGCUGGCCCCGCUGCCCCCUUGCCCAGCUUGACCAUCCUAGAUCGGGAACAAAGGAAUCAUCGUGUGGCCUGGCGGCUGAAGGGUUGUGAACCCCAGCCCAGCCCCUCCAUCCCCCUGCCACUCCUGAUGCGACCAUGGGCUCUGGCAGUGACUAGGUGGCCGCCUUCUGCCCCUGUGGGUCAGCGGCGAUUAUCUGCAGGACCUGGCAGCACCCCAGGCCAGAGUCAGGGAAGCCCCAGCCACGAGGGCCGCCCACCUGCCCAGGAUGAGCGCUUACCCUCCCAGCAGCCACCAGCCCGACUGCCACACCUCCCCGUAGAGGAGCGCCGAGCCUCGGCUCCUGCCGGCGGGAGCCCCCGAAUGCUGCACCCAGCCUCCCAACAGAGCCCGUUCAUGGUUGAUCUCCACGAGCAGGUGCACCAGGGACCCGUCCCUCUGUCCUACACAGUCACCACAGUGACGACCCAAGGCUUCCCCCUGCCUUCAGGCCAACACAUCCCUGGCUGCAGUGCCCAACAGCUCCCAGCAUGCUCUGUGAUGUUCAGCGGGCAGCAUUACCCGCUCUGCUGCCUCCCGCCCCCGCAGCUAAUCCAGGCGUGUACCAUGCAGCAGCUCCCCAUGCCCUAUCAGGCCUACCCCCACCUCAUCUCCAGUGACCACUACAUCUUGCACCCUCCACCGCCAGCUGCACACCCCCAGCCUGCCCACAUGGCUCCGCUUGGGCAGUUCAUAUCGCUGCAGGCCCAGCACCCGCGUAUGCCCCUGCAGCGGCUGGACAACGAUGUGGACCUGCGGGGGGACCAGCACCCCCUGGGGAGCUUUACCUACCCCACCUCUGGCCCAGGCCCGGCCCUGUCCCCAUCUGUGCCCCUGCACUACCUGCCCCACGAUCCCUUGCACCAGGAGCUGUCCUUUGGUGUGCCCUAUUCCCACGUGAUGCCGCGGAGACUGAGCACCCAGAGGUACCGCCUGCAACAGCCGCUGCCCCCGCCGCCCCCACCACCACCCCCGCCACCGUAUUACCCCAGCUUCCUGCCCUACUUCCUCUCGAUGCUGCCAAUGUCACCAACAGCAGUGGGACCCACCAUCAGCCUGGAUCUGGAUGUGGAUGAUGUGGAGAUGGAGAACUAUGAGGCCCUUCUGAGCCUGGCAGAGCGGCUGGGAGACGCCAAGCCCCGAGGCCUCACCAAAGCAGACAUCGAGCAGCUUCCGGCCUAUCGAUUUAAUCCAGACAGCCAUCAGUCCGAACAGACGCUGUGUGUCGUCUGCUUCAGUGACUUUGAGGCGCGGCAGCUGCUCCGGGUCCUCCCCUGCAACCACGAGUUCCACACCAAGUGUGUUGACAAGUGGUUGAAGGCCAACCGGACGUGUCCCAUUUGCCGGGCUGACGCUUCCGAGGUGCCCAGGGAGGCCGAGUGAGGCCCACAGCUGCCCAGGAGAACCCUGCCCGAAGCUCUGGAAACCCGGGGGGAACCAGGGAGCACAAGGAGGGAAUGGCCCAGGCCUGCCCCAUCGUUCCACCUGCAUCUCCAGAGCUGGUGCCAGGGUCAGGCCUGAGAGAAGCCCCUGCAAUAAGCCCCUGCAUUUGCCAAGCUCCAAAGACUCCUUCCCCAGUUUGCCUGCCAGUCCCACCUGCCACAGGGCUGCUUGAGUGUCUCUGACUUUGGUCUUCCUCCCGUUUGUCCUCGGGUUCGUCUCCUUUUCCUGCCGGCAGUUGGAGCCAGGGGUCCGUUCCCACAGUGUGGCUGGUGGAGAUCUUUGGCCCCAGGAUGGGCAAACGGGACACCGUCCUGGGUCACCUGGUCUCUUGCACUGAAAUGGUGUGCUCCCUGCUCAGGUGGCACUGACAGGCUCGGACAGACGGUGGCUUGAGGCCAUUUUUUCAGCCCCAGACCUGGGCCCUCCUGCCUUGACCCCAGUCAGACUUAGGCUGCCAGCCUGCUGUGAGGGGUACAUCUGGCUCCCUAGCAGACCCCAGGCAUAACAUUCCAGCCCCACCCCCAGGCUGGAGGGCAUUGGAGCCAGUCUCCUGUACAGAAGGGGGACAGGCCCUGAGCCCAGGCGGCACAUAUCCUGAGGGGCCUGGGCCAUGCCGAGGACGGUGACCUUCUGUGUUCUUGGCUGCCCCUCCAUGGCAGUGACGGGGGCCAGACCCACGUCCUAUCUCCCCUCUCUUGUUUUGCAUGAAUGUGAGGAGCAGCAGGUUUUAUUUAUUCAUUUGGCCCAAAAUUGUGUGUAGGAUUUCGGGGUGUGGAUUUUUAAAUCAGUUUGUUUUCUUUUUUGUUAAAUUGGGGGUAUAGGGACCAACCAGGACCAAGUGCCCAGGGGGUCGGGGAAUGGUCCCAGGUGCCGCCCGGUCCACAUGCAUGUUUGGGACUGGGGCUGGGCCGGGCGGAUGGUGGUCAUGGGCAGGGUUAGGGACUCUGUGCUCAGCUGAUAACUGCCAUGCACUGUACUGCACAGGUCCCCAGAGCCUGCCGGGACCGUACGCUUUUCAGGGCAUUCCUCCCUCUCGAGCCAGGGCCCAUCUCACACCUGCCUGGGCGAGUCUCCUCCAAGGAAGUCCCAAGAGGACAGACCAGGGAGGGCAUGGGCCCCACCUCCAGAGGCCCCCUCCCAACCUGAGCCCUGCACUCCAAGGUCUGGAGGAGGCCCCCUGUAGGGUCUGGCUGAGCUCCUCUCCCUUGCUCUCCGGGUCCCUUUCCUGUCACACCCCCUCCCCCUAGCUGGGGUUGCUGCCCCAAACGAACGAACCGCGUGUGGGGCCGGCACAUCCUAGCAGGCAGCCCCCGGCGCCUGCUGCCUCAGGGAUGCUCCAUCCACCCUCGUUCUCGGCCGCAGCCCUGGCUGCCGCCUCCCCCGUCCUGCCAUGGGCCUCAUCAGCCUGGCCCCACCCCAUGGAGAACCCAAAGUCUUACUGUACAGAACUCCAGGUGAUGUUUCUAUAUUUAUAGCCGUGUUGAAACCCCACCUGUUUUACACAGAGAACCAUCCUCUCCAGCCCUGCCCUUCCCCACCCAACAAAAGGAUUUCAAAACCCUCCGGCUCCUGGGGCAGGCGGAACAGGCUCUCGGAUCUUGUCGGCUGCAGCAGUGGUUCCAGUGAGCAGCUAUUUCAGGGGGGUGGGGGGAACACACCAUUAAAAAAAAAUCAUUAAAAAAGAUUUCUAAAACAAUUAUUUAGGAUGUCUGUGAUUUGCCUACCUUGCUAUAGAUGCCAUGUUACCAAUGAUUUCCUGUGGUGGGGGCUUGUUACUGUUUACUCUUCUUUACCAACUUCUGGCCUAGGCAUGACAGUGGGCCGCAUCCCCCAGCCUGGCUGGGCCCAGCACCUGUGUUCUGUGUUAGAAAGGUUUUAUAUAUAUAUGUAAUUGCAUAUAUAUACAUAUAUAAGUAUAUGUAAUUUGGGGGGGCCCUGUUCCUUGCACAUUUUACAGUUACCUCAUUUUUCCCAUGUAUGUAUUUGAGAAAAUGCUAAUAUAUAGAGAAAAAAAUGGUUCUUAAAACUUAAAUGUGUGGUUUUUUCCAUUCCAUUGGAUUCACAUUGGUUUGUAGCAUUUAACUAACUAGUAUGUUGUAUUAUAUAUAUGUGUAUACUGAUUGAAAUUUUUAACAGAUUUGUACUUUUUUUAAAAUGAAAGUUGCUAGUUCUGCUUGACCAAGUAGUGCAAUCAUUAUUUUUUUUAAUAUUGUUGCUGAUUUCAGAGGGAUAUUCACUAAUAAAUGUAUGAUGUAUAUCAAGUAUUGCCCGA